AUGAUUUCAGGAAUACUGAUGCUUGUAUGCAGUGUAUUUACAGCAACAGGUAACACCGCGAAUCCCCUAGUUCACAAAACAAUGUUUACUAGGAGGACAAUUGUCAAUGAAAUCAAACUUAAACAAAGAGCUUGUAAUUGCAGCCAAAAAGAACACCCAAUUUCGGAACAUGAAGAAACCUUGGAAUAUGUUGCUGAUGCAAUUGAGAUGUUUAGAGGCCAAAACAGCCUAUUGAACACUAUGAAAAAGCCAUUAACAGAAAACAAUGAAAACAUGAUCAAGACAAACAUGAUCAAGUGCGCCAGGAGAAUACAGGAUUAUGGAUUUUGUGAAAGUUAUAAUGUUACACCUAUGACUUUAAAGAAACUACAAGCACUCUAUCUUGUAAUAGAAAAAGCUUUCAAUGACUGGAAAGCGAUAAAUGGAAUAGAAGAAUAA